GUUUCAGUUUCAAAUUUGAUUGAAAUUUACACAAAAAUGGGCGGAGAUGAUUCGAAAAAAGUGAAGAAAGAAGAAAUCGACGACGACGACGAGAGCUUAGCGUCGGCAUUCACUAACCGCAGGAAGAAAUCGCUCAACAGCACCAAUGCCGCCGCCGCCGCCGCCAAGCUCAAUAAACUGAAGAAAGAGGAAAGCGAUGAAGAUUUCGAAGACAGCAAACCUUCCAAAAAAAUUGAACCUAAGGGGCAGAAGAAGAGGAAGAAGGAGGAGGAGGCGAAGAAGGGAAGCAAAAAUGGGGAGAGUAAUAAGGAUGUGAAGAAGAGAGAGAAGAAAGUGUUCGAUUUGCCUGGUCAAAAGAGGGAUCCACCUGAGGAAAGAGAGCCAUUGAGAAUUUUCUAUGAGACACUGCACAAGCAAGUUCCAGCUAGUGAGAUGGCUGCAAUUUGGAUGAUGGAGUGCGGUUUGCUUCCUAAGGAGGAAGCAAAGAAGGUCUUCGACAGAAAACAGAAGAAGGCACAGCAGCAGAAGCUCAGUUCACCAAUGAAAACCGUUGUCACUGUCAAGAAGAAAGCUGAAGGUGUUACUGUUACCAAGAAAUCAUCGAGCACCCGAGUUUCGACCACCCAGAAGAAGACACCAGGUACGAAUCCUAAGCAGCAGUCGAGGAAACCAAAGAGCAAGGAGGACUCUGAUGAUGAAGACUCGGAUGAGUAUUUUUUAAGUACUAUAAAGAAACAAAGAGCAUAGCAUCAUCUUAUGCUAGGUAGAGCCUAAUGACUUCUAUUUCCUCUUUGUAAGGUGUGAUGUGAAUGAAUCUUUAUUCAUUUACAACCCGAUGACUUGGAACCGUAACUAGACCGCCUUUCUCUUUUCGGUUUCAGGCAGAACCUGCGUGUUCAUGAAAAUUUUGCCAUGUCUA